AAAAAUUUUUGUUGGCGACAGUUAAAUUUGUCAUAUUGUGUGAUUCUAGUAUUUUCCUGUCACUGGGCUUUGUUUUGCGGUUACGUGAACGUUUCAAAAUUUGAUGCCCUUGGCACUGAGUAGCAUUGCAUAGCUUACUUUACCCGGUACUCGUUUCACAGCGUGCAUUGGGUAGCUUGCUCAGCCGUGCCGUCCACGGGGACAUGCUGUUGUGCGCAUGUGUCACGAUAAAAUUUCGUGGAACAGAGCGCACGAUCGAGGUUAACACACCAUACAAUUCUGGACCAUAGACAUAAAGCAAGCAGCUUCUCAUAGUAACAAUGUUUGGGAACCAAAACCCGUUCGGGACUACCACGGGAUUUGGCACAGGGGGUACCUUUGGGUCUACACAGCCAACGCCAUUUGGGCAAACUGGCAGUGCUUUUGGAACCUCGGCCUUUGGUGCCACAACAACGCCCAGCACAGGUGGGGGCCUUUUUGGGGGCACAACACAACAGACUGGGAGCCUGUUUGGAAGCACAGGAUCCACUUUUGGUCAGCCUUCCACAUCUGCGACAGCAGGCUUUGGUUUUGGAGCACCUGCAACCAGCACUUCCAUGUUUGGAACCAUGAACCAGCAACCAGCAGCGAGUGCGGGAAUCUUUGGUGCCUCUUCUUCCUCGUUUGGGCAGCCCCGACCACAGUUUGGCACCUCCUUCUCAACCACCACGCCUGCCACUGGCACUAGCCUCUUUGGUCAGCCUCAGAGCACAGGCCUGUUUGGCCAGACAGCUGGAAGCUCUCUUUUUGGAUCAACAGCUUUUGGGACUGGCUCUGUGACAACGGGCACUACCAUAAAGUUCAAGCCACCAACAGGCACUGACACAAUGAUGAAGAAUGGUGUCUCAAGCACCAUCAGUACAUCUCACCAAUGCAUCACUUGCAUGAAGGAAUAUGAAAACAAGAGUUUAGAGGAGCUACGUCUAGAAGACUACGCUGCCAACAGGAAAGGCGGAGGCCAAGCGGGAAUGGUAGGUUUUGGGGCGACCAGCCAACCAAGCUCAAUCUUCAGCACACCAGCCACUCAACAGUCGGCCUUCAACUUCGGUGCCACCCAGAACAAGCCCCUCUUUGGCACUUCCACUGCUGGUGGUUUUGCACCCACUGGUGGCUCACUAUUUGGGCAGACAACAACGCAGAGUCAGAACGUGUUUGGUAAGCCAACUGGCUUUGGCAUGACAACCCCAGCCUCCACGUCAGCAUUUGGAACCAGCACAGGAUUUGGCACCACUGGAACCUCAGUGUUUGGUCAGCCACAGCAAAAGUCCCUGUUUGGCCAGCCAACAGGCACAACUCUCUUUGGGAGCACACCUGCUACAACGCAGCCGUCCACGGGAUUUGGCACUGGCUUUGGCACUACAUUUGGUGCUACAACGCAGCCAAGUGCUUUUGGUGUGCGGCCAACAUUUGGUGCAGCCACCACAUCUGCACCUUCCAGCUUUGGGUUUGGCAGCACAGCCAACACAGGGACAUCAUUGUUUGGAGCCAAGCAGCCAUCGUUUUCCUUUGGGUCAACCACGCCAGCUUUUGGUGCCACCAACACAACAGGCUUUGGAGGCUUCUCUGCAACAGGCACAUCGACAGGUGGCCUCUUUGGUGCGGCCAAGACAACGCCAUCCUUUGGCACUGGCACCACUCCUGCGUUUGGCAGCACGGGCUUUGGCACUACUCCUGCUUUUGGCACAACUGGUAGCCUUGGCACACCUGCCACCGGGGGACUGUUUGGUGCAACCACUGCAGCCAAGCCCGCUGGCUUCAACUUCGGAAGCACAACUUCUACCACACCUUUCACAGGCUUUGGGCAAACAGGUGUCGGGACUAGUACUACUUUUGGCAGUGCUGCACCAGCCAUGGGAAGCACGGAUCCUAAUGCAGCAGCGAACCAGCUUCAGCAGCAGCAGACACAGCAGCUGCUCCAAUACCUGUCGACCAACCCUUACGGAGACAACCCGCUCUUCAGGAAUGUGCUCAAGGAGACCAACAAACGUGAAGAGCUGCUGAAACCCACCAAUCCAGCGGCCCAGCAGGCUUUGCUUGCCUCUCACUACAAGGUGUCUCCCAUGCCAGCGCCUAAGUUACGGCCAAAACCAGUUGGGGCACAGACAGGAAAGACCUCAUCACUUUUUGAAGGGCUGGAAGAUGAGGAAGACAGCAUCGAGCCAUUCUCUCCACGCCAGAGUGUCAAGACGCUGAUCAUCAAGCCAAAGGACACUCCAGACACGCUUAGUGCCAGCACUCUCCUAGCUUCCCCGCUACUUCCGGCCAACCGUGCAUCUACACCGAUUACUCAUUCAUCCAGCAGCCCAUCUAGGACACCACUGGCUGUUCCCAUCAAGGACAGUGGUCUUGUUGACAGUGAGUCCCCCUGCAAUGAGCCUAGCUUCACAGCACCAACUGCGCAGGUUGAAAAAACCGUAAGCAACCUGCAAAGUUUGGAUGAUGCGGUAUCGUCCCUUGAGGUUCGUGGCCGCAAGUUGCGCUUCAUGUCCAGCUCGGACUCCCUGGACGACUCUUCUCAGGCUGAUCCAGCACCCGACCCUGCAAAACCCCCCCAUCCUGCAGGCAUUGUGCUCACUCGGCCAGGGUACUUCACUGUUCCUUCUAUGGACGAGCUAGCAUCUAUGGUGGGCCCUGAUGGACACUGCAUCGUGGAUAAUUUUUGUGUGGCACGUGAGGGCUAUGGCAAUGUCUACUUUCCAGGCCGCAUGGAUGUAGCACGGCUCAACCUUGAUGACAUUGUGCACUUUCGCCGUAUGGAGAUUACUGUGUAUCCUGAUGACGAUGACAAGCCUGCUGUAGGCGAAGGCCUCAACCGCAAAGCACAGAUAACUCUUGACAAAGUGUGGCCAAUUAACAAAGUCACUCGUGAAUCAAUCACGGACCCAGUAAAGCUGAAGGCACUUGGCUAUCAGGAGAAAUUGGAGAGGACCACUGCGAAAAUUGGGGGCCGUUUUCUGGAAUACAGGCCUGAAACAGGGUCUUGGGUUUUUGAGGUGAAGCACUUUUCCAAGUAUGGUUUGGAUGAAUCUGACAACGAAGUGGAUGAGGCUGCUGUCCAGACAGCUACAUCAGCAAAAUUGCCACAGCAAGCAGCUGCAACAAAACCUGCUGAUGGCAGUGUAGACAAACUCACUCAGAGACCUCCGUUGGCCACUGGAGCCCCUUCUGCUUUUACGGCCUGCCGAGAAUCUGAUACUGCAGCAGGAUACCGUUCCGAUGACGACGAUAUGGAGGACAUGGAGCCGUCCUCUGCUGGAACAGCAGACAGGCCUGGCAGUGACGACACACUCUCACCUGGGACUGGUGCCAGCUACAAGCCAGUGACUCAGCAGCUAGCAGAAGCACUGGGCCUGAGCCCAGAGGCAGUGCAGAGCAUGAAGGCCUCUUUCUUUGGCCGUGACAAAGAGGAUGAUGACGAAGACCAUGAGCUAGCCAUCACUCAUCCACGCCUUCAGAGAGCACUGGUGAGUGGUGGCUCAUACCAGAGCCCCUUUCCCUUGGAUGAUACCAGAUCACUGUCGUCCACACCCACGCAUUCCAGAGCACCCCGUUCUCGUGCUGCUGCUGCUGCUGCUGCCUAUUCGCAACCAAAUGUGAGCCAGGCCUUCUCAGAGUUCCUUCCUUCUCAUGUCCUGUUUGGUGCGACUCCACUGCCGGGUGACACAAGCCAGCGCGCCACAGGCAUUGCGAGGACAGCACCAGCUCAUGGUGACCAUCACCUCGUCACAUCUGCAUUCAGCAGUCCAGGCUAUGUGCCAACUGCUGAGCAGGUACUUCGGAGCCAUGCACUUGCAGAGCCCAUGGUGAUUCCCAUUGAUGUUGAACCUGUGCCCCUGGCCCAGUCCUUGUUCUACGAGUGUCAGCACAUGUUGGCAGAUGCCGCCUGUAUUGCUGGCUAUCGUGCCCGCUGUGGCUGGGGACCACGUUGGACGCUGACUCAUGUGGGCAAGGCAUUCAACGGAAUUCUUGAUGAUGAACCUAUGGAGACGGCUGGCCACCUGGGCUUUUUUGCAGGACAGAGCUAUCCAAAGUCAUCAGCUGCAUUUGCAAUCUCCGUGGAAAGAGUGGCUAUUGACUUGCACUCAUUGAAACCAGAUGACAUUCAGAAGAAGAAUGUGGUUGCCAUGUUGGAAGUGCAACUGGCACAUUCGUGCUAUUCACUGGAAGGGGGCAGCCCCAUCUUUGCACCGAGCCCAGGUGUGGACUGCUUGCAUGACCAGGAUGCCCUUGUUACAAGGCUUCUAACUGAAAUGGGUCCUGGUCAUGCUGACUCCGCAAUGAUGCAGCAGUUUCACACCAUCCUUGGUCUCUGCAUUGCCCUAUGGGGUCGAGCACCUGGCUGCAGCCCUGAAAGUGAUGAUGUCACCAAAUACUCCUACGUGAAGCGUCGCAAGGAGGCAUUCUCAGAUUGGCUUGUAGAUACAACAAAAUCCAUCAUUGAAGCUGAAAUAGCAGACCAUCAAAGAAAAGAGGACGGCGAACUGCUGGUGAUGCUGAGCUACCUGAGUGGCCGUGAUGUAUCCAAGGCGUGUGCAGUGGCUCAACGGUUGCGAGACUACCGCUUAUGUCUGGCGCUGUCUCAAGGCGGCUCCAACCCAGUCAGCCGCCAUAUGCUCCAGAAACAACUGGACCACUGGAAAAAGUACAAGCAUGAUCGAUAUAUCAAUCAAGAACGACUCCGGGUCUAUGCCUUGUUGGCUGGAGUGAUGGUUUGGCCAACUUCAGACCCAAAUGAGGCAAUCAACUGCUGUGCUGACCUCGACUGGAAAAGGGCUCUGGCACUGCAUCUUUGGUACUACUGCCCUCCAACUGGCAGCAUCAGUGAUGCUGUUUCUGCAUAUGAAGCUGCCUUUGAGAGUGACCAACCACUGCGGCCCUAUGCACGGCCCCCAUACCCACCGUGCCAUGAAGAUGAUGUAGGUGAGGAGCCCUAUGUGUUGGACCCAGAAGCACCGUUGGACACGUGCUUUCUGCUGCUGAAGCUGUACUGUGAUCAGUCCCAGAGGUUGGAUCGGCUGCUGGCCCCAGUGUCCUCUGUGCCUUCCCAACUGGACUUCAGGAUCAGCUGGCUGCUGCACAAGCUGUUGCAGGCCUUCGGCUUUAGCCACCUGUCUGCAACUGCUGCUGAGACCCUGCACACAAGCCUUGCAGCCCAGCUUGAGUCAUGGGGCCUCUGGCCUUGGGCAAUAUUUGCUCUGCUGCACUUGGAGGAUGCCAGAGGGCGCCACAAGGCGGUCACUGAGCUUCUCGUGCGACACGCCUCAGGUUCACGCAGUGGCUCUGAUCCCGAGACUGGUCUCACAGAAGAUGAGACCUUUGUCUGUGACAAACUGGCUGUGCCACCCGCUUGGGUUUACCAGGCCAAGGCAAUUCGUGCUAGUGCUGAAGGCAACUUCAAGGACAGAGCAGUCUUCCUUCUCAAGGGCGAAAUCUGGAAUGAAGCACAUGAAACCAUUGUCCACCACCUUGCCACAGAGGCUGUCAUUGAUGACAAGCUCACUGAGCUUGCAGAGCUCCUGCAACCCCUUGUAGAGCACAGUGGUCAAAUCCAGAACUGGAGUGCAGGUGGCAAAGUUUUUCACGACUUUCUUUGCGUGUGCGACACCAUGAAGAAAGCCACACAGGGUGACCUCGGUACUUAUGACCUUGAAGCAAUUCGACCAGCAGUGCUUUCUCUAUGUGGCUCCAUAUCCAGCCUUGCAUGCAGGACACCAAGAGACAGGCUGUGCCAGGCAGAGAUAGCGAAGAAGACUGCUAUGGUUCUUCAGCUGAUUACCAGUGCUGACAGUGGUGCACCAGACAGUGCAAUGCAUGCAGCGUGCCGCAACAUUGAGCUGCUCUCCAUGCCAGAGGACUACUCAAUCGAGGACUUUGAAUUGCUUGCGCGCACAUGUACAGAAAAUGCGAUCCUCGGUGAUCUCGCCAGUUGAAUGCCUUUGCUGAUUACUAUUUUUAUGUCACCUU